UCUUCUGGAACAUGUCUGGACGUGGAAAGACCGGUGGCAAAGCCAGAGCCAAGGCAAAGAGCCGCUCCUCCCGGGCAGGACUUCAGUUCCCGGUGGGUCGUGUCCACAGACUGCUGAGGAAGGGAAAUUAUGCGCAGCGUGUGGGUGCCGGCGCUCCCGUCUACCUGGCGGCUGUGCUGGAGUACCUGACCGCUGAGAUCCUGGAGCUGGCUGGAAACGCCGCCAGAGACAACAAGAAGACCCGCAUCAUCCCCCGUCACUUGCAGCUGGCUGUCCGCAACGACGAGGAGCUCAACAAGCUGCUGGGCGGAGUGACGAUCGCUCAGGGCGGCGUGCUGCCCAACAUCCAGGCUGUGCUGCUGCCCAAGAAGACCGAGAAGCCCGCCAAGUCCAAGUAAAGCAGGAAACCCAAACUUUUGUUCUGAAACAUGUCUGGACGUGGAAAGACCGGCGGCAAAGCCAGAGCCAAGGCAAAGACCCGCUCCUCCCGGGCAGGACUCCAGUUCCCGGUGGGUCGUGUCCACAGACUGCUGAGGAAGGGCCACUAUGCGGAGCGUGUGGGUGCCGGCGCUCCCGUCUAUCUGGCGGCUGUGCUGGAGUACCUGACCGCUGAGAUCCUGGAGCUGGCUGGAAACGCCGCCAGAGACAACAAGAAGACCCGCAUCAUCCCCCGUCACUUGCAGCUGGCUGUCCGUAACGACGAGGAGCUCAACAAGCUGCUGGGCGGAGUGACGAUCGCUCAGGGCGGCGUGCUGCCCAACAUCCAGGCUGUGCUGCUGCCCAAGAAGACCGAGAAGCCCGCCAAGUCCAAGUAAAGCAGGGAACCUGCUGAUCAACACAAAGGCUCUUUUCAGAGCCAAACACUGUCAUCUGGUAAACAGCAAACAUCCUCAUGUCUCAAACACUAAAACAGUCACUACAACAUCCAGACCAUCAUCUUACAUCAUCUUACAGCUGUUGCAACAAUGAAGUUAGUUCAAGAUGAAAUACUUUUGUAGGACACAGACCACUCUGCCCGUGUAUAACAGUGUUGUUCACGGUGUGAUAUAGCACACAAAACAAUCACAAUAAAAAGAAACUCAA